AUGAGAUUGAAUAUAAUAUAUUUUAAAAGUAGACAUCAUGCAAGAGCACCUCAAAAUGAAAAAAAAGUACCAUUUAAAGAAAUUGUACCUUUAUGUUUAAAAAAUUCAGUUAAAGGAAGUUCAAAAAAUAUGAUAGAAAAUAAAUGUUUAUUUGAAAUGUCACUUUUAUUUGGAUGUUGGAAAGAAAAUACGUUUAAUGAUAAAAUAUGUGAGAAGUUUGCACAAAAUUUAAAUGAUUGUUAUAAAAAGUAUUUGAAGAAUUCAGUUAUACAAAAGAAAUUACGAGAAAUUGAUGUUCCUGAUCCUGAUAGUAAAAUACUUACAAAUAAACAAAUAACAUAUCUUUUACGUAUGUAUCCAAAUGUUUAAUAAUUUUGAAUAAAAUAUUAGAAUAUUAUAUAAAAAAUA